AUUUAGCAAAUCGUGAUUACACCCAGAAAUGUAGUUUGGCGUAUUGAAAUAAAAGGCGAAGGUUAAACCGUUACACAGGGACAAAUUUGUGUGCCGUUUGGUAAGCUAACACGGAGAGGACUUUUUGUCCAAGAUGAAGAUAUUGCUAUUUAUAGUUUUAAUAUGUUUCAUUGUUCGAAAUUCACAUCAACACGGUAAUGUUGCUAGGGACAUCGUAUUUUUAAUUGAUGGAUCUAACAGUAUCACCGAUGCGGACUUCCGACGACAAAAACAUGUUGUGGCUAAUAUGAUAGAUAAUUUCAAAAUUGGGAAAAAGUCUGUGCAUGUUGGUAUUGUGGUAUUUAGCAGUACGAUAGGUGACAUCGUUCACCUACAACCAUUUAAAUCAAAAUACUUAUUGAAAAGGUUGGCAAAAAAUUUACGACAUCCAAAAAAAGGAACUAAUACUGCAUUGGGCAUUAGACGCGUGCGAAAAAUGAUGCGAGAGGAAGGACGGUCUUUCGCGUCAAAACACAUGGUCAUUGUUACCGAUGGUCGAUCAGUCUCACCAUUUCGCACACAUUUGAUGACUUAUUUGGCCAAGAGGGAAGGAAUUAAUGUUAAAGUAAUUGGUGUAGGAAGGCCAAGAUUGAGGUAUAAGUUGAAAAAAUUUGCAAGUGACAGAAAGAAAAUGUUGCGGGUGACCAGAUUUCUACGUUUGAAAUUAAUUAAAAGUGCUGUGAGAAAGUAUAUUUCUAAACGCGUACUUUCAGAUGCUGUUGCUGCUGAUAAUGAUGAUGAUGAUGAUGAUACUGAUGAUGAUGAUAACAAUGAUGAUAAUCAUGAUGAUAACAAUGAUGACAAUAAUAAUGAUAAUAACAAUGAUGGCAAUAACAAUGAUGACAAUAAUAAUGAUGACAAUAACAAUGAUGACAAUAAUCAUGACAAUAACAAUGAUGACAGUAACAAUGAUGAUAACAAUAAUGACAAUAACAAUGAUGACAGUAACAAUGAUGACAAUAAUCAUGAUGACAAUAAUAAUGACGACAAUAAUCAUGACAAUAAUAAUCAUGACAAUAACAAUGAUGACAAUAACAAUGAUGACAAUAACAAUGAUGACAAUAAUAAUGACGACAAUAAUCAUGACAAUAACAAUGAUGACAAUAACAAUGAUGACAAUAACAAUGAUGACAAUAAUCAUGACAAUAACAAUGAUGACAAUAACAAUGAUGACAAUAACAAUGAUGACAAUAAUCAUGACAAUAACAAUGAUGACAAUAAUCAUGACAAUAACAAUGAUGACAAUAACAAUGAUGACAAUAACAAUGAUGAAUGUAACAAUGAUGAUAACAAUAAUGACAAUAAUAAUGAUGAUAAUAAUGAUGAUGAUAAUCAUGAUGAUAAUAAUCAUGACAAAAACAAUCAUGACGAUAACAAUCAAGAUUCUGUUAAAUGAUUUUUAUGAUGAUGAUGAUGAUGAUGAUGCUUAUGAUGGUUUUGAAAAGAUUUUUGACGAUGAUGAUGAUUAUAAUUAAUAACAUUGUAACCAGCAAAUACUAUUUUUCACACCAUCAUGACCAUAAAACUAUUAAAAAAAUAGAUU